CAGUUCAGUUCAGUUACCAUUGAAAUGCGCGGUUGAAUACACGCGAGUACAGAUAAUAGAAUAAAAAAAUAAAACUUUAUCUUUUUUAUUGUCAUAGACAAUAAAAACAAGAAAUAGUGAUGUGAUCAUUUAGUAUUAUAAAUAAUUAAUGAUACGUGAUUAAGUGGCUAUUUUAAGUUUGGUGAUAAAACUUUUUUUUUUUUUUUAUAAUAAAUUAUUAGAAUGUUACCCAUUGUCUUGCUGGUGAUCACGUCGGUGCUGGCACAGGACCCGACUAUAGAGCCAUCGGUGCUCAUCGACGUGUUUGGACCUCCACCAGCGACGCAGGCCACUAUUACUACGUCGCCAAAACUUGAAGAUAUAACAGUUCGGCCCACGGACAAAAACGAAUUUGUUGACAAAAAUGGUGACACGUGCAAAUGUGUGCCUUAUUACCUGUGUAAUGAUGACCUAAUUGGAGUGGACGUUAACAACGCUUCGGUUACAGGCUUUGGCGUUUUGGAUAUUAGAUUUGGGGAGGACGAAUGUCAGGAGAGCGUCGAACGCUGCUGCACCAGCCCCAAGGAGGAGAAAGACGUGGUGAUACCCGCGCGGCCCCUGAAAGGCUGCGGGUACAGAAACCCUAAAGGGCUGGACUUCACUAUCACCGGAGGAAGUGGGGGCGAAGCUGAGUUUGGCGAGUUUCCAUGGGUCGUGGCACUGUUAAACUCGAUGAACGAGUCGUACAUCGGCGUUGGGGUGCUGAUCCAUCCUCAGGUGGUCAUGACGGGGGCUCAUGUCGUUCACAAUUACGGCGCUGGAAAUCUCAAGAUCCGCGCAGGAGAGUGGGACACUCAAACCACCGGGGAGCGGCUCAAGUCUGUUGAGAAGACGGUCGUCGACGUAACCUCGCAUCCUGAGUUUCAACGGAAGAAUUUGAAGUAUAACGUGGCGCUGCUGAAGUUGGAGUCGCCGCUGGAGCUGGCGGAGCAUAUAAACGUCAUAUGCAUGCCAGGACAGGACGAGAGCUUCGACCAGUACAAGAGCUGCGUCGCAAACGGAUGGGGAAAGGACGUGUUUGGUCUUCAAGGGCGGUACGCCGUGAUCCUGAAGAAGGUGCAAGUGGACAUGGUUCCACACACGCGAUGCGAGGCACAACUGAAGAAAACUCGGCUCGGCUCCAAGUUCAGGCUGCAUAGCAGCUUUGUAUGUGCUGGAGGGGAAGAAGGGAAGGACACUUGUCAAGGUGACGGUGGGGCGCCACUAGCGUGUCCCAUAGGAGGUGACCGGUAUAAACUGACAGGCUUAGUCUCAUGGGGUAUAGGGUGCGGGCAGAAGGAUGUCCCCGCGGUAUACGCGAACGUACCCAUGUUCAGGAAGUGGGUGGACGACAAGAUGGCGGCGUGGGGAUAUGACAUCAGCGGAUAUAGUGUUUAAGGAUAUUAAAAUAAAUAUUUCUCUAUCUUUGACA